AUGGAGAUCCCAUAUGUCGGCUUUGAUUUCGGCGAAGUUGCCUGGAUCGCUCACUUUUGCGGCAUUAUCUCGAACUGCUUUCAUAACAUGAAACCAGCAGACUCCGCGAUUAUAUGUUUUCUUGUGCUUCUUGCAGCUGUUUCGUGCACCUGCGGAGAUGCUAGCGGCGCCAUCGCCCAUCAGCCACACGUGCUUGUCGUGGUCGGGGAGCAGGCGGUUCAUCUCGUGCUCGGUCGAUUCCGACGGCACGAUCGCAAAACCACCCAGGGCAAACUGUUGGUGGAAGUUGUGCGAGCCCCACACGAGAAUGACAUGCUUCUCCUUGUUCAGCUUAUAGGUACCGUCGAUCGCGAGCGUCGAAACACCGAAUCCGACGCCUGUGGCGAACCGUCUCAUGAGCUCCUUCGAGCUAAUCACGGCCUGGAUCUCUACCGGGAAGGUACACGUUGUCACCGCAUAGUCCAAGACACCUGCUCGAUUUCCGGAGACACGCUCAAUCGCGUUAGCAUCCAACAGCGCUUCAUAUUCACCGGUCGUCCCAUGAAAUCCAUCGACGCCGAGGAGUUUCUUCGCAUGAUUCGUUUUGAAUCGCUGCACUUGCUUGAGAGUCAGGUCCCCUAA